UUUUAGCCAUGAAUAUGCUAACGAGGCUUAACCCAGUUAAGAGGUUUGGAACAUUCACUAAAAUUUCCUCUGUGUUUCAAGGAAGUUUUGUAAACCAAAGAUACUUUAAUUCUACUAGUUCUGCUCUCCAACAGUAUGUCCAGAGAAGGCUGGAUCUGUUUGAAAAGCAUUAUCAAGAGCAGAUGAAAGCCGUUCAAAAGCUUGCCUCUCAAAAGAAGGAGAUUCUUAUUACAGUUGGAGAUGAAACCUUCAAGACCAUUGCUUACGCUACGACACCAAUGGAACUUGCCAAGAAAACUAUGAACAAGAAACAGUAUAAAAAGAUCGUAGGUGCUAAGAUUAUUAAUCCUAAUGGAGGAAAAGACAGAAUUAUUGAUCUUUCCAAACCUUUAGAAGAGUCUGUCAAUCUACAGUUCAUAUUCCAAGAUGAGAGAGAAGGCAAGGAGAUUUUCUGGCACUCAAGUGCCCAUAUUCUUGGUCAUUCCCUUGAAGAUCUCUACUCUUGCUUGCUAUGUACUGGACCAGUGAAAGAGCAUGAAGGAUUUUAUUAUGACGCUAAUUUUCCUAAAAAUGAAGAAACUAUUACUUCAGAUCAGCUACAGAAGAUCCAGAAGGCAGUGAAUAAACUAGUCAAACAAAACAAAGAAUUCCAAAGGAUUGAAGUCACUUAUGAACAAGCUUGACAGAUGUUUGCAGAGAACAAGUUUAAAAGAGAACUUAUUGAUAAGCAUAUUCAGAAGCAUAACACCGUCAGUAUUUACAGAGUUGGAAACUUGGUAGACCUUUGCACUGGUCCUCACCUUCCUCACAGUGGAUACAUUGGAGAAAUCAUCGUUCAGAAGCAGUCUGGAUCUUACUGGCAAGGAAAUGUUGAGAACCCUAAAACCCAAAGGAUCCAUGGAAUCUCUUUUAAGACUAGAGAUGAGUUAAAGGAAUGGAAAAAGCUACAAGAAGAGAUCGCUAAAAGAGACCACAGAGUUAUUGCAAAGAACCAAAAGCUAUUUACUCUUGAUAUGGAGUCUCCGGGAGGAGUCGGAUUUCUUCCUAAUGGAGCAUUUAUCUAUAAUAAGUUGAUUGAGAUUUUGAGGCGGGAAUAUAAAGUCAGAGGAUACCAAGAAGUCAUCACUCCAAACGUGUUUGGCAUCGACCUUUGGAAAACUUCAGGUCAUUUAAAAUAACUAUAGUGAAGAUAUGUACAUUUUCAAUAGCGAAAACAAGUGGUUCGGACUCAAGCCGAUGAACUGCCCAGCUCAUUGCUUAAUGUUUCCAAAGCUAGUUCAGUCCUAUAAUGACCUUCCUCUUAGACUAGCUGAUUUUGGUGUUCUUCAUAGAAAUGAAAUUAGUGGUGCCUUAUCUGGAUUAACUAGAGUCAGGAGAUUCCAACAAGAUGACGCUCAUAUAUUUUGUACCUUUGAACAAAUCCAAGAAGAGAUAGCUGGUUGAAUCAACUUCAUGGAGUAUAUCUAUGGCAAGUUCGGCUUUGAAUAUACCUUUGAACUUUCUACGAGGCCAGAGAAGAGAAUGGGAAGUGAUCAUGUUUGGGAUAUUGCAGAACAAGCUUUAGUGAAGGGAUUGGAAAUUAACAAUAAGGAAUGGAAACUAAACCCUGGUGAUGGAGCAUUUUAUGGUCCAAAAAUAGACGUAAAAAUUAAGGAUAUGCUUGGAAGGAAUUGGCAACUUGCUACUCUCCAAUUAGACUUCCUUCUCCCAGAAAGAUUCAAUUUGAUGUAUCAAGGAGAAGAUGAAAUGAGAAGGCCAGUUAUUAUUCAUAGAGCUGUCCUAGGCUCUAUCGAAAGAUUUAUGGCAAUUAUGAUCGAGCAUACAGGAGGAAGAUGGCCUUUCUGGCUCAACCCUCAUCAAGCAUUAAUUGUGCCAGUCUCUCAAAAAUUUGUAGACUAUGCACAAAGAGUCAAUGCUAAGCUCCUUCGUAAUGGUUAUCAGAGUAGUGUCGACAAGACAAAUCUCACCUUGCGUAAGAAAGUCAGGAACGCACAGAUUGCACAAGCUUCUUACAUUCUCGUUGUUGGAGCUCAAGAGCAAGAGACCGAUACUGUUCAUCUCAGGAACAGAGAUGGUCAGCAACUUGGCUCCUUUACAGUGAAAGACCUACUUAUGAAGUUCAGAGAAGAAGAAAUUCUUUAGAUAUAUUUCAAUUUACCGAAAUUUUU